AUGAAGUCCUUUUCCUCCAUCAUCACUGGCAUUGCUGGCCUUGCCUCUGUCGCCUCUGCUACGGUGCAGGGCUUCGAUGUCUCCGGCUACCAGCCCACGGUCAACUGGGGUGCCGCGUACAGCAGCGGCGCUCGCUUUGUCAUGAUCAAGGCCACCGAGGGAACUGGUUACAUCUCGCCCAGCUUCAACUCGCAGUACCCCGGUGCGACCAAUGCAGGCUUCAUCCGCGGCGGCUACCACUUUGCGCUGCCCGACCGCUCGUCUGGCUCUACGCAGGCCGACUAUUUUAUCGCCCACGGUGGCGGCUGGAGCGGCGAUGGCAUUACCCUUCCGGGCAUGUUGGACAUUGAGUACAACCCGUACGGAGCCACCUGCUAUGGCCUCUCGCAGAGCGCCAUGGUCAACUGGAUCAGCGAUUUCCUUGAGCGCUACAAGGCCAAGACGACGCAGUACCCCAUCAUCUACACGACGACCGACUGGUGGAAGACUUGCACGGGCAACAGCCCUGCGUUUGGCCAAAAAUCGCCGCUGAGCCUGGCCCGGUACGCGAGCAGCGUGGGCGAGAUCCCCAACGGCUGGUCGUAUCAGACUUUCUGGCAGAACAGCGAUAAGUACGCGUAUGGGGGCGACUCGCAAAUCUUCAACGGCGCGUACACGCAACUGCAGAAGAUUGCUCGUGGCGGCUAA